AUGUUCACACCAAGCACUUCUCCUGGUUUUUCAAUAAAAAACAAGCUGUCGCAGCCAGGCUCAGUCAUAAAGCCGAGGGCGCAGCGAACGCAAAACAAAAAGAAAAAUCAAGAAGUGCAGGACAGUCUGUCUCCCCCAGAGGGUGCAGCUGCUCCAUUGUUGAGCUUCAGGCCACCGGGCCCUCUCGCUGUCAAAGCAGAGGAGUGGCGCGCAUGCGCAGUGAACCCGUGGGUGUUUGCAACGGUUGCCAGGGGUUACAGGCUGCAGUUCGCUGUGAGGCCGCCCCGCUUCAACGGUGUGCUGACGUCAGAAGCUGCAGGGGAAGCCGCGGAGGCUUUAGAGAGCGAAAUAUCUUCUCUGUUAAGCCGCGGGGCAAUUCGCCUUGUACCGGAGGGAGAGAGAAAUCAGGGGUUUUAUUCCCGGUAUUUCCUCAUUCCAAAGAAAGGAGGUUCAUUGCGUCCGAUCCUGGAUCUGCGGUUCCUCAAUCUACACCUCCGAAAGUACAAAUUCAAAAUGCUCACACACAAGGUUCUGUUUCAAUCCAUUCAUCCAGGCGACUGGUUCACUUCAGUGGAUCUGCAGGAUGCUUAUUUUCAUAUAAGCAUAUAUCCCGCACACAGGAAAUAUCUCAGGUUUGCGUUCAAGGGAACGGCUUACGAGUAUCAGACCCUGCCUUUUGGGCUGUCACUCGCCCCGAGAGUUUUCAGCAAGUGUGUGGAAGCAGCCCUGAACCCGAUGCGAGCAUCGGGCCUAAAAGUGUUCGUGUAUCUGGACGAUUUUCUCCUCUGUGCAUCCAGCAAAGAGAAAUCGGAGAGGGAUACGCGGAAGCUGAUGGACAGGCUGUACAGCUUGGGGUUCAAUAUAAACCCCGUAAAGAGCUGUUUGUCUCCCACUCAGAGGAUCGAGUAUUUGGGCCUCGAAAUAGACUCUGUUUUAUUUCGGGGUUUUCUGUCCCAUUCUCGAGUGGAGAAAUUUCGCCAACACCUGGCUUCAUUUCGGAGAGGACGUUCAGUGUCGUUGCGGGACUGUCUCCGGCUGUCAGGGCUGAUGGCGUCAUCAAUAUCUGUCAUUCCGCACGGGCUGCUGAAAAUGAGGGAUUUUCAGCGCUGGAUAUCUUCCCUGCGUCUGGACGCACGACGUCACCUCAGGCGUAUGGUGAGGGUUUCCCCGGAAUGCCUCCUGGCUCUCCGUCACUGGAGGGACCCGGGGAUAUUCUCAACCGGCGUCCCGUUGGGAGCGGUUGUGAUGAGGAAGACAGUUACAACCGAUGCCUCGUUAACGGGGUGGGGAGCGGUUUUCGGGGGGAGGUCAGUGAACGGGACCUGGCCCCCGACGCUCCGUCAGGCUCAUAUAAACUAUUUGGAGCUGUUGGCUGUGUUCCUAGCCCUCAGACAUUUUCUGCCCCUCCUGGGAAAGUGUCAUGUGCUGGUCAGAGCGGACAACACGACAGCAGUGGCCUACAUAAACAGGGAAGGAGGCACUCGCUCCGUAAAAUUACACAGACUGGCUCAGAGUCUGUUAUUAUGGAGCAGCGAACACCUGUUAUCGCUGCGCGCAGCGCAUCUUCCGGGUGCACUGAACAGCGGGGCAGAUUUACUCUCCAGGGGAAAUCCCUUGUGCGGAGAGUGGAGACUGAACCCCGAGGUGCUUCUCCGGGUGUGGGAGAGAUUCGGCCGAGCGUCCGUAGAUCUCUUCGCAUCGCACAAAAACGCGCAGUGUCCCCUAUUCUUCUCAUUACGAGACAGGGACGCGCCUCUGGGGGCGGACGCGUUUGCGCACCCGUGGCCAAACGCGCUGUUGUAUGCUUUUCCCCCUCUUCUCAUCACUCCAACGCUGGUCAGAGUGAAAGAGCAGCAGCUUUCAUUAAUCCUGAUAGCUCCUUACUGGCCCAGCAGGCCGUGGAUGGCGGAGCUGAUACAGCUCGUACACGGCCAGCCAUGGCCGUUACCGUUACGCACGGACUUGGUGUCGCAAGCGUGCGGGCAGAUUUUUCAUCCGAACCCCGAACGUCUGGCUCUCUGGGCUUGGUUCGACUUAUUGGACGGCAAUAAAGCUUUUUCCACCAUUAAGGUCUAUUUGGCCGCUAUUUCAGCGUGUCACGUGGGCUUUGGAGGUGCGCCUGUCGGGCAGCAUCCUCUAAUUAAGAGGUUUAUGAAGGGGGCGCGUCGGCUGCGUCCCGUGCAUAAACUCCCGGUCCCGUCAUGGGAUUUACCCACGGUUCUGGAGGCGCUCACAGGAUUGCCCUUUGAGCCGUUAGAAUGUGCAGAUUUAAGAGUGCUCUCUCUUAAAACUAUCCUGCUGCUGUCUUUAACGUCAGCUAGGCGGAUAGGUGAGUUACAGGCUUCGUCUGUGCACGCCUCCUGCCUUCAGUUCUCCCCAGAUUAUGGGAAGGUUACAUUACGUCCUAACCCGGCGUUUGUGCCUAAGGUUAGUGAUUCUGCACACAGCUGUUCCACGCUUGAGCUGCUCGCUUUUCACCCACCGCCGUUUGCAGGGGAGGAUGAGCGGCGGCUCAAUUUCCUUUGUCCUGUGAGAGCGUUACGCAUCUACAUGGACAGGACUAAGGGAUUUCAGAGGAGCAACCAGCUCUUCAUAUCGUGGGCUCCCUCCCAUAAGGGGAGGGCCCUGACGCGGCAGCGCCUGUCACAUUGGGUGGUGGAGGCUAUAUUCUUGGCGUAUGAAAGUCGUGGUUUGCAGCCCCCGGAGAGGCUGCGGGCCCACUCCACCAGGGGCAUGGCCACCUCAUGGGCCCUGUUUAAGGGCACAUCUGUGAGGGACAUUUGUGCCGCUGCCAGCUGGGCGUCCCCACACACAUUCAUCCGAUAUUACAGGCUGGACGUGACCGAGACAUCUCUGGCUCAUUCAGUCCUGAGUGUGGGUACAUCUUAA